AUGGCUUCACUCAACCCCAUCCCACCAUCCAUGUUUUCCGGUGUUCUGCUUCCCCUGGGUCUCCUCCUCCCCUGCUUGUCUGUGUGGGUGUGGCAGGGGCGCGGCUUCCUCAUCAGGCACCUGGUCUCACUCUCCACUCUGCACUCUGCACCUGUCAACAAUCACCUAAUCAACCCACAGUACAAGAACACCAGCUUUCCUGCAAGUCCUUGCCAGAUUGUUCUGCCUACCAGUUGUGCCAGCCUCCCAUCGAGCCAUCCUCACGCCGCCUCAGCUCAUUCCUCCAGCCACUCCACCCUGCUCAGCAGCCUGCCUUUCCCCUGCCUUCUCCAGCACCCUCACCACCUUUGUUAUAAUAAAUCCACCUGCUUUUCAACCACCAUCCAGCUGUGUCUGUGUCUGCAUCUGGGUCCUAACCAACAGCCCUCACAGAACAAUCUGGCCGCCAUGGACCCAGCAGACACAGAUUCACUCCGCCAAGCUUUGGCCUCCCAGGGUGCUCUGGUUGGACAACAUGACAAAGUCCUCCAUGAAUUGGUGGAGAAUCUGCGAGCCCUUUCCUCCAAUGUCAUUCGACUCGGCAGCCAAAUGGACCAGGUCAACGCCCAUCUCACAGCCUCAUAUGCCUCGUCUGCCACAGUAGCUUCACCAGCUGACCCCCCACCAGCGCUCCCCACGCCUCCACCAGGGCAUGCCACCCCAGCCCCACUAGCCCCUGAGUUGAGAAAAGUUUUUGACCAUCCUGUUCAGGGUAAAGAGGCUGCUAACCGUCUCCUCUCCCUCCGUCAGGGCUCUAAAUCAGUCGCAGAGUAUGCAGUUGAGUUUAGGAUCCUGGCAGCAGAGAACAAUCGUCUUCGUGAACGCUGUAGGGAGAGAACCGGCCGCCCACAUGCCCCCACUUCUCCAUUCCUGUCCAAAUCUGCCCCCCGGGUGAUCCCAGACAGCCAGUCCUUCAUCAGCCAGCCCCUCAGUUCCUCAGCUCCACCCUCAAUGGAAGAGCCCAUGCAGUUGGGACGAGCUUGCCUCUCACCCUCAGAGCGCCAACGGCGAGUCCAGGCUGGUGUGUGUAUCUAUUGUGGCAAGGCUGGCCACUUCCUCGCCUCUUGUCCUCACCUGCCAAAAGAUUAG